UAGGAUAACUCCAGAUAACAGAGACAGGCUGGGCGUGACGAACUGACACAGCACAAAGAUCUGUGCUCACAGUCAGGGAACUUCAGCUUUAUUUCAACUUUAAUCUGAUUCAUUCAGGUUUGAAACUCAGGCUCUGUUAUUCACUGCAAAUACCAACACAGACUAAGAGUCGAAUCAAAACCACACGGCAGUUGGAUUAAAACUGCACCGUAACACCAACAUGUCUGCUGGGACUGCAGCGCUCUGCUCGAUUUUGCUGUUUGUCUUCGUGGCUGAGUCUGCAGACCAGAAAAUCAUAGCUGAAUCUGGACAGGACGUCACUCUGACAUGUCGAGCUCCAAACAACAUCGACAAUGUAAAGUGGAGCAGAGCUGACCUGGGAGAUAAACAUGUUCUUUUGUACAAGGAUGGUCGCUUUGUUUUAGAAAACCAGCAUGAAUCUUUUGAGAAACGUGUGGAUCUGCAGGACAGACAGAUGAAGGAUGGAGAGGUGUCUUUGAUUCUGAAGAAUGUGACGAUUAAUGACACUGGAACAUACAAGUGUGGUGUGAUGAGACAGAGAGAAGGUUUAAGUCUCAUCACAAGUGUCUACCUGCAUGUUGAUCCUCCAGGUCAGACAGGAUGGCACAGCAAGAAGGUCAGACAGGUGAAUCUGUCAAGUGGGCUGUCACUGUUUCUGCAGUUCUUGUUGUUGUUUUUGUUUUUUGUUGGAGAUGCAGAAAACAGCAUCCUGCUGAUCAAUAGAGUGCACAACAUCUUCAGACUUAAGAUCAUCAAUCAUGAUCAUCCAUAAUGUGAUGUUAUUUCUCAUUUCUCUGAUGUUGAUCAUGUUCAGACUCAGACCAACAGUGUAUGUCAGUGACUCUGAACUACAGUUUAUUCAUCUUCAGGCUGUUCAUGAACAUAAAGCAAAACUGUUACAAACGUGUGAGUGUAUGUGAUAUAAUCUCAGAAUCUAUGCAUGUUUUUGUGUUUUAGCUUCAGCAGCUGUUUGUAUGAACAACUAAAGAUCAGCUGUUACUGUGUAUUUGUUGUUCUGUGAAUUAUAGACAAUUAAUAAUCUGGCUCAUUGUUCUGCUACAACUGAAUGACAUUUGCUAAUCUCACAAGUUAACAUUACUUAAUUAUUUUUUCUUUUUUUAUUUGAAAAAUUUUGACCUUACAGAGUAAAAUUGUAUAAAAGGAAAGAUGUGUGUGGUUACAGACUCAGAUAUUUCUCUUCCUCUGAUCCUGAACUUCUUUCAUUUAACUUUUCUUGCAGUGAAUCUGUGUAAAGGCAAAUUUGUUCAUCAACUUGUUUGUUAAUGAA